AUGAAAAUUGGCCCCAAAAGGUUUGUCUCCUCAUUUUCUGAGGAGCAGCUUAACUGCUAUGAGAUGUACAGACGCUCUGCCUUCCCUAAAGUUGCUAUAAAGAAGCUGAUACAGUCCAUCACAGGAUCCUCAGUCUCUCAAAAUGUGGUUAUCGCCAUGUCCGGAUUUGCUGGAGAAAUAGUGGAAGAAGCUGUGGACGUGUGUGAGAAGAGGGGAGACAUGCCUCCCCUGCAGCCCAAGCACAUGAGGGAGGCUGUCAGGAGGCUAAAGAAAGAGCAGAAUCCCAAUAUAAAGCACAAGAACAUUCUCUUCCACUGAGCCACUCAUGCCUUGCUGAUUAUAGACGGACAGAGCCAAGCAGGGAUGUAUUCCACCUUUCAGAUGGUGGCAACUUACACACCACUUUAUCAUGUUCAUUCUCUCUAUUCCAAUAUCCACUGGCAUUGGGAAUGUCUGGCCAUGAAGGCAAAUGCAGUAUACUGCUUUCAGGAAUAGUCCAACUCCAAAGUCAAUCUCUGUGUUAGUUGAGGGUAUUUCUUGGAUAUACUUGUCAAUAAUAGAACAACAUCAAGGUUUYAUGAAAAUAUUAGAUCUACUUAGUGUUUGUAUAUGUGAAGCUUUAUUAUUUGAGCUGAAGCAUAAAGCUGAAAGAAUGUAUCCAAAAUUGGUACCUUCUAGUGACUCAUGGAAAAAAGUGUUUUAAUACAAAAUUUGUGUCAGUAACUGACGUAUUUCAAUAAAUAAAAUGUAUUAUCUUCUCAUUA